ACAAGGCCAAAGGAAUGUCUAAGAUUUUACGAAACAAUGAGGAACACUAAAACGCCAUUUGAGAGGAAAACCUAUCAUUACAUCCUUAGCCAUGCUCCAGUGAUUUUUGGGUCUCUUCAAGAGCCAUACAAAGCUGUCCAGCAAAUAUUGACUGACAUGAAGAAGGCCGGUUACCACCCCACAAUAGAGACUUAUAACAUGGCUCUGCUGGGACUAAAAUCUCAACGCUUUGACAUGAACAAUUCAGAAUGCCUGAAUUUUGCCUUCAAACUUAUUGCUGAUAUGAAGGAUCUAGGAAUAGAGCCCACGUUGGACACUUGGAGUAUACUCACUAGUCUGUUAGACAUGUCAGUGUUUGGAAAAGGAACAAGUUCAGGGGUCAUGCAGGUAAUGAACCAUAUGCUGGAUGAGAUGGAGGGAAAGAGAUUUAAGGACGUAGGCCCAGAAGGCAGGAAAUUCAUCAUGAGAGCCUUAAGGACUGCACUCUUUCACCAAGACCUUGACUUUGCGUACAGAAUUGAUGCUUUUUACAAAACGGGACAGAAUUAUAAAUUUCUUGAUGAUCAUGAUCACUAUUCUUAUAGGGUGAUCAUGUUUGUAAUAGCUGUAUACAAAGAGCCCAGUCUGGACAAAGUUGUAGAUUUAUACACAGCACUGCAUCCUGUGGACGAGAUAAGGUUUGUGAAUGUAUUCCGCAAGUUCAUCAAAGAUCUCACCGUUACCAAGUCCUACAAGUUUAUUCCUCAGCUUCUUAAUUCUUUCCAUGCUGCCAGUUUCAAUUUGGCUGAAAUAACAGCUUUCCUAGCCAAAGAGAAGCAACCAACACUGGUGCAGGUAAAAUUGUCAGAGUUUGUGAAGGUGAAGUUGUCAGAACUAGAGGAAAGACAGAAUGUGAGACCAAAAAUGGAAUUAUUGGAGAACAUGCUAAUGAUAGCCAUGAAUGGUGAAAACAUUGAAUUAGCUUGGAAAGUGUUUACAUUUAUUAUAACCAAUAGAAAGAAUAUGUAUGGAGCAGAGAUAACCAUGAUCCAGCCUUUUGAGGGACUCUUAGAUUACUACAUUUCUGCAGAUGACUUGGGAAAAUGUGCAGAAAUCAUGAAGUUUCUAGUGAAGGAAGUCCCCCAUGAUGUAGUGGAGAGUCUAGGAGAGAAAAUUCUCAGUAACAUUCCUAUGAAUGAACUGGAAAGGGAGCAGCUACAACGAAUAAUGAAGAGAGCAACAACCACAAAAAAGAAAAGAUCAACUCGACAAUAUUUAGCCAGAUAUUAAUAAAAAUUAUCAUAUUUCCUCA